CAUUCUGCCUGCACUUGUUAUCUUAUUAAAUUAAUUUGAAAGUAAUUUGUGAAGCGCUAGCUGUGUUCCCAUACCAAAGCAAACCGACUGCGCAUGCGUGCAAGGUGACCGUGGUCACAUGACCUCAACCAGGAAGUGCUUGUCUGGAAUCAAAAGCAUCGGUCCUGAUGGAAGCCGAGUCGAUGGAGAGAGGCGCAGCCGCCCUAAAGCUGCAGUUCGCCCCCUUCUGCAGUGCCCUGGAGGCAGGAUUCUGGCAUCAGCUCACACAGAAGAAGCUCAACGACUUCCGCUUAGACGAGAGCCCAAAAAACAUCAAAGGCUACUACUAUAAUGGUGAUCCUGUUGGCUUGCCGACACGCUUGACCCUGGAGUUCAGCGCAUUUGAUGUUGAUGGAGCCACACCUGCUCGCUGCUGUCCAGCCUCUGGAACUCUGUACAACACCAACACAUUAGAAGCCUUCAAAACCGUUGACAAGAAAGCUCUCCUGGAUAAAGCAGCCAAUGAGAUUUGGAGCGUUAUUCAGUCAGGGGCUGCGCUGGAAGACUCCUCAAUACUAAACAAAUUCAUCCUCUUGACAUUUGCGGAUCUGAAGAAAUAUAAUUUCUAUUAUUGGUUCUGCUUUCCUGCCCUUUGCUUUCUGGAGGGGGUCCAGCUGGAGCAGGAGCCGGUGUCAUUAGAGCACAGCUUCUCUGCCAAACAGAUAUCAAGCCUGCAAACGGCGUAUGAUAAUCUCUGCGCCUCCAGCGGUACGACGGCAGUCCCACAUUUUCUGCUCAAGUACACAGAUGAAAGUGUUGAAGUCGCUCCUCUAAAAGACUUGAACUCCUUCUUCCCAGACCUAAAGAAGAUUACUGUGGGUGUGUAUGACCCAUGCACACUGCCUCAACAUCCUGGCUGGCCUCUCAGAAACUUUCUCGUCCUCCUCGCAAAAAAAUGGGGUUCACAGCUGGAUGUGCUGGAGGUUCUGUGCUUCAGAGACAGGACUCUACAAGGGAGCCGCUCAAUUCGGCACAGCAUCAUCUUUCGGGUCAAGCUUCCAGACCUCACGGCUUCUGCAGUAUGUCCAAAGAGUGUGGGUUGGGAGAAGAACGCUAAAGGCGCGAUGGGACCUCGAAGUGUCAAUCUCAGUGAAUGCAUGGACCCUAAAAGGCUUGCCGAGUCUUCUGUCGAUCUCAACCUGAAGCUGAUGCGUUGGAGGCUGGUCCCGUCUCUGGAUCUGGAUAAGGUCGUGUCCACAAGGUGUCUGUUGCUGGGAGCUGGGACUCUGGGCUGCAAUGUCGCAAGAACACUGAUGGGCUGGGGUGUGAGACACAUCACUUUCGUGGACAACGCGAAGAUCUCCUACUCGAACCCAGUGCGGCAGCCGCUCUACGAGUUUGAAGACUGUCUGAGUGGAGGGAAGGCUAAAGCUCUCGCCGCGGUAGACAGACUGAAGAAGAUCUUUCCUGGCGUGAAUGCAGAGGGCUACAACAUGAGCAUCCCAAUGCCAGGCCACCCAGUGAACUUCUCUGAGCUGACAAUGGCUCAAGCUCGGCAGGAUGUGGAACAGCUGGAGAAGCUUAUCUCUGAACACGAUGUGGUCUUCCUGUUGAUGGACACUCGUGAGAGCCGCUGGCUUCCGACCGUCAUCGCUGCUAGCCAGAGAAAGUUGAUAGUUAAUGCUGCUCUGGGAUUCGACACGUUUGUGGUAAUGAGACACGGCCUUAAGAAACCCAAAGAGUCACAGUCUGAAGAGUCCAGCCCCAUGUCUGCUUCCUCCAACUCCUCAUGUUCCUCCACACCAGCAGCCACCAUCACACCAGGAGCAUCUCUAUUCUCCAACAUACCUGGACAUCGUCUCGGCUGCUACUUCUGUAAUGACGUGGUCGCCCCUGGGGACUCUACCAGAGACAGAACUCUAGACCAGCAGUGCACUGUGAGCCGUCCCGGACUGGCCAUGAUUGCUGGAGCCCUGGCCGUGGAGCUGAUGGUCUCUGUGCUCCAGCACCCAGAGGGAGGUUAUGCUGUGGCUAGCAGCAGUGAUGACCGGAUGAAUGAACCCCCGACCUCGCUGGGUCUCGUCCCCCAUCAGAUUCGAGGAUUCCUGUCAAGAUUUGACAACGUUCUUCCUGCCAGUUUGGCGUUUGACAAAUGCACCGCAUGCUCACCGAUAGUUCUUGACAAUUACGAGCGAGAAGGUUUCCAGUUCCUCGCGAAGGUCUUUAACUCAUCCCAUUCCUUCCUGGAGGAUCUGACGGGCUUGACUUUACUCCAUCAGGAGACUCAGGCAGCUGAGUUUUACAUCGCCGCAAGGCACACCAGCCUUUUUUUCUCUGUGGUGGGAAGAAAGCUCACUCCGGAAAGAGCGGGACCCUGAAAUGGCCCUUCCCUUGAUAUGUGGGGCAGGAAAUGUGUCACAGAGGGAGACAGAGCCAGGAUGGAGCGGAGUCAAGCGGGGGCCUCCAUCCAUCCGAACAACAACAAACCACAGCUGCAGCGCCACCACACCCUGGAGAGACGCUGCGCUGUUUCACUAGCCGCUAUUUAUGUGAAUCUGCCGAGAGAAGGAAGAGUGAGAGAAAGACUCACUAGUUUCACCAAAUGUACUUCCUGCCUGAUAGUUUCUCUGCUAGUCUGUUCCAGUACAGUAUAAAGUAUCUUUACAGCAGACAUGAGCACUGGGUGUGUGUGUGUGUUUAUGGCUGAAGCGAGUGACUCAUUGUCCUGAGGGAGUGAGUGUGGAGAUGUGUGUAGAAGUGAGUUUUUGAGCAAGCGAUGGCAGGACGGCUGGAGGAGGAGUUCAGAGACUAAAUUUCCCCUUCCACGUCGGCCAGUAACCUCCGCCCGCACUAACACCACCCAUCUGCUGUGUGCAGUCUGCAGAAACAUGACGACUUUACACAAACCUACAGGCUACACGCUUGCUCUGUCCCAUGUUGUUUUUAUGUAUGUUAGAGAAAAUGUUGUUGUACAUAAAAUGAACACAGAAUAAAAAUAGCUCGUUUUAAAUGUAUCAGAUGUGUGCUGCACAGGAAGUGACA